GGGGGGGUUACGUCACUGCCAUGACAACGCGGCCCUCCCCUGCGCGGCUCGGCACGCAUGAGGCGGAAGCGGUCGCCGGGGCUGUGGCGGGUAAUGGCCGGUGCGCUGCUGGCUGUGCUGGCCCUGCUCUGGGGCUCAGAGGUUUUAAAAGCAUUUGAUUAUGUCUCUCCUUGGAAGGGACAGCAACAGAUGUACAAGUUGGACAUAGGUUGGCCUAAAAUUCCAGAAUACUUCACUAGCCAAACAUUUUGUGUUGCUGUUGACUCUCUUCAUGGUUUGGUCUAUGUGGGACAAAGGGGAGACAAUGUGCCAAAGGUACUUGUAUUCUCAGAGGAAGGCUAUUUCCUUUACUCCUGGAAUGAUACAGUUGAAAUGCCCCAUGGUAUCUUUGUACUGAACACCGCAACUGAUAGUUCAGUAUGGAUCACAGAUGUUGGAACAGGGAAAUAUGGGCACACUGUGAAGCAGUAUAGCCCUUCAGGUAAACUUAUGCAGAUUUUGGGCACGCCAGGUAAUGCUGGUUCAAGUUUGAUUCCCCUACAAUUUGACCAACCAGCAGACAUCUUUGUAGAAGAAAGUGGAGAUAUUUAUGUUGUGGAUGGAGAUGGAGGAAUGAAUAACAGAUUGCUCAAACUAUCCAACGAUUACAGAGAGAUAUGGAUGGCUGGAGCAAAUGGAACUGGCAUUGGUCAGUUCAAGAUUCCUCACAGUGUAACAGUGGAUCCUGUUGGACGGGUGUGGGUUGCAGACAGAGACAACAAAAGAAUCCAAGUUUUUGACAAAGUCACAGGGGAAUGGCUUGGGUCUUGGAGCAGCUGUUUUGCAGAAGAUGGACCUUAUUCUGUCAGAUUUACUGCCGAUUACAAAUACCUAAUUGUUGCUCAGCUGAAUAUCAACCGGUUAGCAAUCUUGGCAGCACCGGUGGUUGGCUCUAUUGGGGACUGUGUUAUGAUCCAAACAAUCCAGCUGGCAGAUGAAACCAAACCACACCUUGUGGAUGUAGACAUGAGCAGUGGAGCAGUCUAUGUUGCAGAGAUUGGAGCCCAGCAAGUACAAAGAUAUAUACCCUUAAGCUGAUGGUUUCCCACAACUGCUGUGGCAUAAGCUGUGUGAUACAUAAGACCUAUAACCACAUUUCCUUGAGUUUUCUAUAGCUUGUGUUUCCUCAGACAAGCACAGAAUACU